AUGAGCAGCGUCAGUGGUUUUAAGUACUUCCAGCCUUGGCUAAGAGGGAAAGAGGAAUUGCUGCUGACAGUCGUUAAUGAGGAUCUGGGUUGGCGCUCACCGGGCUUCGUGGUGUCCAGAGCUUCCUCCUACUCCUCCACAAGCAGCUGUAACAGCAGUGAUGUCUCCCCCAGCAGCAGCUCUCCCAGCCUGGCCAGCCGGACCAGUUCUCCCCUGCCUGGGGAACCUCCGGGCCCACAAGCCCCUCAGCCGCACACACACACCAAGACACAACCACAGACUGCCAGGGACACCAGCAGUGAGGAACAUCUUCUCCCAGCAUCUCCCAGUGAAAGAGAGAUAGCAGUGCCCGAGGUGAACUGCACUCUGUUUUUAGUGGCUGGCUAUGUCAAGUACGGACGUCCACACGCCUGGAUACGAUCCAAUCAUGAGCGCCUGGUCAACAUCGGAGGCACAGACUCGAUGGUCAAGGACACGCCCAUGAAACUCAAGUCCAUCUCCGACUGGCAAACACGAGGUAUUCGUGUGUGGGAUGUCGUCAGUGAGCUGGUCUGUCUGUGCACCGUCCCCUCGCCUUCCAACCCUUUCGCCCUAGACAUGCGUUACAUCAAAAGUCUUCCCCUCCCCGACCGCUUCCUUGUCACAGGAGCUCUCCUCAACUUCCUGGAGAUGUAUGUGGUUUACGGGAACCGGGAUGAGUUGCACUAUGACAAAGUGGUGGAGGAGGUGAAGCCUCUGAGGCGUCUCCACGUUCAGUCCCUGCUGGAGUUACAGCGGCAAAGAGAGAGCAGCCCCACAGAGCAGGACUCUACUGGAGAGGAGUGA